GGAGCCAUGGGCAACAUCUCCUCCAACAUCUCGGCCUUCCAGUCCCUGCACAUCGUCAUGCUGGGCUUGGACUCGGCCGGCAAGACCACGGUGCUCUACCGGCUCAAGUUCAACGAAUUCGUGAACACGGUGCCCACCAUCGGCUUCAACACGGAGAAGAUCAAGCUGAGCAACGGCACAGCCAAGGGCAUCAGCUGCCACUUCUGGGACGUGGGCGGCCAGGAGAAGCUGCGGCCGCUGUGGAAGUCCUACAGCCGCUGCACGGACGGCAUCAUCUACGUGGUGGACUCGGUGGACGUGGACCGGCUGGAGGAGGCCAAGACGGAGCUGCACAAGGUGACUAAAUUCGCCGAGAACCAGGGCACGCCGCUGCUGGUCAUCGCCAACAAGCAGGAUCUGCCCAAGUCUCUGCCAGUGGCCGAGAUCGAGAAGCAGCUGGCGCUGCACGAGCUCAUCCCAGCCACCACCUACCACGUCCAGCCGGCGUGCGCCAUCAUCGGCGAAGGCCUCACCGAGGGCAUGGACAAGCUCUAUGAAAUGAUCCUGAAACGCAGGAAGUCCCUCAAGCAGAAGAAGAAGCGGUAAUGCGCUGGGCAGCGUUCUGGAGCGAGGGGGGAGCGAGCGAGCGAGUCGGGAAUGAAUGAAUGAAAGGCUGGAUGGAUGAGCGAGAACCCGCGCCCGCGAACAAAGACAGCGAACCAAAGCGAUGCUUCGAAUUUUUAAAGCGGAAUCUGCAGCCAAAUGCAGGACUAGUGACUCAGCCUGGGUAUGUAGGCAGACUUGCCACCCCGCGCUCAACCUGCCCCCACCCCAAGCUCAGGGGACCUUUUGUCUGAACGCGCCAGAGCUACUAAUGGGAUGGGGGGCCCGCUGGGGAGUGGACGUGCAGGUCCUGCCGUUGGCCAUCCCCGCCCAGGUGGAAGGCUCAGAUGUCAGAGACAAAAGCGAUUUCUUCCUUCUCCAGCAGGGCCAGAAGUUCAGGCUACCCCGCCCUCACUGGGGAUCGCACCUGUGAGUUACCUGAGGUAUGCAGUUCCCAGAUCCCCAGGAGUCCCCAUCUGGGGGCAUGAUGACAAUGGGAGGUGCUGGGGGGACAGCCUCCCCUUGCAUUCAUGGGCUGUGAAAGCUGGAUAAUUUUAUGUCACAGGGCAGGCCCCUGUGAAAAUUCAUUUGUCCUGCUCUGGGCCCAAAUGAGCUGGUGGUUUGGGCCAUAAGAGGGCUGCCUGGAACAAUACAGCUGGCAGGCAGCCUGAAGGCACGGGGCACUGCGCUGGCCUCAGCGGCGGGGGAAUGGCCUCGAAGAUGCCCCUUUCAUGGUGCUUUGUGGUAGCAACGGAAGACCAGUUUUGUGGAGAACUGCUUUUCAGCCUGGAAUCAGACAUCUUCCAGAUGGUUUGGACCCUGUCCAUGUGUAGGUCAUUAUCACACAAAGAGACCAAUAAAAAUUAAAAAAAAAACUGUUGGAGGUGGUGGCCAAUGAUGCAUUUACUGUUUGCAGGAUAGGUAAAGGUGUUUAAAGGGUAAGGCUCUUGACGUCAUUGCUGGAUGGGGUGUGAGUGUGUAGAUGUGGGGACCUCCCUCUGCUGCCUAAUCGGCAUACAUUCCUAGACCCAUAUGUGUGGAAUCUUGAAUUCUCUUAGCCAGCCUUACUGAUUGGUCUGUGGCAGCACACCAGCGGCAGAUGUGUGCUGAAUUACAAGCUGGUUUUUGCACGGGAUGUCUCUUGCAGGACCGCUUGAUGAUGGGUUUUGCUUUUCAGACAUGUUUUCUUUCUUUCUUUUUUUAAUCUGCUACGAAUGAAUACUCACCUUAGAAAUACCUGAUUUAGGAAAAAAGACUUGGCUCUGCCCUUUUAGAUCCCUUUACACUGCAAGUGGCGACAUGUCAAAUUCUAAUUUGGUUCAUGGUGGCCUAUCUGCUUUAAGUAUUCUCAUGACAGACGUCUCAUUGGAGUAUUUGAUGUCACGCACCAAAAAAAUAAAAGCCCACCGUGUUGCAAAAGCCGACCUCAUUGCAUGGAUUUAAAGGCGAGGGAAAAGCACAAGGAGGUCCUUCCUGAUUCAUUCUUACGGGAACUGGCCAGAGAGCAAAUGCGGACACAGUGAGUGCCUGAGAUAAAGAGCGUGUGACGUAAUGGUCACCUGUUCUCAGGCUCCUCACAGUUUACUUGAAAGAGGCUUUGGAAAUAAGAUAAAGCAAAAGAAGAAGAAAUACAUAUUUUUAAUAAUGUAAUUUAAAAAAUCCUUUAUAAUCAGGACUGAGUCUUGGUUUGCAGAAGCUGUCAUUUACCCCGAAACACAGUAUCAAAAGGGAAGUUUAAACUUACUGUUUGAUUUUUGUUUCUUCUUUGAAGCCAUGUUUACAGAUAGAAUAAGUUUCCUCUCCCCUUCCCACCACUGUUUUAAAUUUCUUUGUGAAGGAGGCCUUUAGAAAAUGGACAUGAUCAUACGUGAGUAUGUGGGUUAGUCAAAUUAUAAAUCCAUGCCUAUGGUCCGUUGCACUCAGAAAGUUAAGAACCAGAGGUAGGUGUCCUGGCUUCCUGCUUGAAACCCAAUUCUAUGAAAUAUUUGAAAAGGAGAAACCUAGCAGCCCAGCUUCCUUCUCUCUUUUGUUGAUGUGUUUGGUACCCCUCUGAUGCUGGUCUUUUUGUAGAAACUCAGUAGAGAAACUAGCUAAGCAGCGUUGACAAGCCUGCAAGAUUUCAGUUUACGUACCGACAGCAUAGUCACUGGUUUCUGAAUGGGCUGGCCCCAUCAUCUGAAGAUUCUGUAUAGAAUUAUUAAAAAAAAAUCCAUCUUUCUUUAUUUUCUUCACAUGCAACAAUUUCUUAAGCACUUUGACAUUUUGGUAGUUCCACACUCUUGAGAGAUAAUAUAUUUAUUUUGUGACAUUGCAGAUGCCAAAUACUGUAACCUUCUCGUGUUACCCAGACUUAGGUUCAAGAUCACUGUUCACAUCCCGUCUUGCUUUACAGGUGAUGCGAAAUGAGUUUGUUUUUUGCAUUCUCAAUACUUAAGGGUGCAGUCAACUGUCAGUAAUUGUGCAGUAAAGCCCUGUGGUGUAUCAACCAAUAGUUAAAGAGUCUCGGUUGAUUCCUGUAGUGUUUGACUAAUAAUAGCCCAUGUUGUCUCGGACCACGCCGCCGAGGAAGCACAGACCGAACCACCUUGGAGUGGUCACCCGGGGAGGGGUCCGACCUCACUGUCAGUGAUUUAUUAUGCCUCCUGUACUUGGGAGAAUGAAUGGGUUCCCCGCAGGGGAAGCUGGCCUCCCCCACGAGCUUUUGAAAUGCUCCCGAAUAGACACAGGGAGGCCAGUUUUGUUUCAGAACAGUUCUCUUCGCAGAUUCUCUGUCUUGGUAUUGGGACUAUGUCUUCUGGUUUGUUUGCGUUUCUACUGCUGUAAUUCUGUCCUGAUCAUCCUCCUCUUCUGUUCCCGUUCCCUUUUAUAUGCAUAUACGAUGCUGUGAACAGAAAUAAAUUAUUUAUACAAUCAA